AUGGGCGAGCCGCCGUCCACCUCGGCGAAUCAGAAUCUGAAUAUAAGCAAUGGGCUGGUGGCAACGAACCCGGCGGUUGUCGCCAUAAACUCAUCCAAUCGCCGAACCAGUCAUAAUAUCGGUAAAACGCGUGACACGAUGAUGGCUCAAACUGGUGGUAAUGCACCAAACGGUUCAGCAACUACUGAUGAACCCCUCCCAGAAGGUUGGGAAUUGCGAUAUGAUGCGUAUGGUAGAAAAUACUAUGUUGACCAUACAACGAAGAGUACUACUUGGGAAAAACCGAGUACCACUCCUCUCCCAUCUGGUUGGGAGAUGCGUCGUGACUCGCGUGGACGUGUUUAUUAUGUAGACCAUAAUACACGUACAACCACAUGGCAACGUCCCACUGCGGACAUGUUAGAAGCACACGAACAAUGGCAAUCAAAUAGGGAUCAAGCUAUGCAUCAGUGGGAGCAGCGUUAUCUUCUGCAGUCAAAUGCGUUGAUUUCGAAUGACGAUCCACUUGGACCAUUACCGAAUGGAUGGGAAAAACGUGAAGACCCACAUACUGGUCGUCUUUAUUAUGUGAAUCAUGUCAAUAGAACCACACAAUGGGAAGAUCCUCGCACACAAGGCGUACCAGAUGAACCGUUACCGGAAGGUUGGGAAAUGCGUUUCACUGAGCAAGGAGUGCCUUUCUUCAUUGAUCACAACACAAAAUCCACUACUUAUAACGAUCCUCGCACAGGGAAACCCGUAGGGCCGAUGGGUGUGCAUGGCAUGUCGAUGAGUUUCGAAAGAACUUUUCGUUGGAAGAUCGCUCAGUUCCGAUAUCUUUGUUUGUCGAAUAGCGUUCCGAAUCAUGUGAAGAUCACCGUAUCGCGCAAUAAUCUCUUCGAGGACUCCUUCCAAGAAAUUAUGCGCAAGAAUGCGGUUGAUCUACGACGAAGACUUUAUAUUCAGUUUCGUGGUGAGGAAGGGCUUGAUUAUGGUGGAGUUGCGCGAGAAUGGUUUUUCCAUUUAUCUCAUGAGGUGCUCAAUCCAAUGUACUGCCUCUUUAUGUAUGCUGGCACAAACAAUUAUAGUUUGCAAAUAAAUCCUGCGUCAUUCAUUAAUCCAGAUCAUUUGAAAUAUUUCGAAUAUAUCGGACGAUUCAUUGCAAUGGCUUUAUUUCAUGGCAAAUUUAUCUAUAGCGGGUUCACAAUGCCUUUCUACAAGAAAAUGCUCAACAAAAAGCUGACGCUUAAGGAUCUGGAGAGCGUUGAUGCUGAAUUUUAUAACAGUGUUAUGUGGAUUAAAGAGAACAAUGUGGAUGAAUGUGAUAUGGAGUUAUAUUUUGUUGCCGAUUAUGAGUUACUCGGUGAAAUACGUACACAUGAGUUGAAGGAAGGUGGAGCUGAGCUGGCUGUGUGCGAAGCAAACAAGGAAGAAUAUAUGGAACUGCUGGUUGAAUGGCGUUUCAACAGAGGCAUCGAGCAACAGACACGUGCCUUCUUCAACGGUUUCAACUCAGUGUUCCCACUGGAAUGGUUGCAGUAUUUUGACGAACGUGAACUGGAAUUGUUAUUGUGCGGUAUGCAAGACGUGGAUGUUGAUGAUUGGCAGAGAAAUACUGUUUAUAGACAUUAUGCACCUCAGAGCAAACAGGUAGGAUGGUUCUGGCAGUUUGUACGUUCUUUGGACCAGGAGAAGCGAGCUCGGUUAUUGCAGUUCGUUACUGGAACAUGUCGAGUACCAGUUGGUGGUUUCGCAGAGCUAAUUGGUUCAACAGGACCGCAACUGUUCUGUAUUGAACGAGUCGGUAAAGAGAAUUGGUUACCAAGAUCACACACAUGCUUCAAUCGGCUUGAUCUACCCCCUUAUCGCUCUUACGAGCAACUUGCUGAGAAGUUGACUCGUGCCAUUGAUGAAACUGAAGGAUUUGGCAACGAGUAG